UAUUGGCUUUACACACACAGACACAGGCAAAGGGCAGAGUGGGGGAAGCUGUGGCUCUCGCUGCGACAUGCAUCUGUAAGCUUGCUGCAAUUAUAGCACUGUGCAACAAUGUCACCCAAUCGCCCACAUGAUUGCUUGUGCCAGGCUGGGGCACAGGUUCUGAUUGUUCUGCUUGCAGUGCAAGAUGGGAGUGGUGAAAGGCAGCGCCAGAAGAAUGCCCCUGGCAGCAGUGCCUCCCAUGGACUCCUGUUGGUGACCCUGGGAUUAUAAAAAGGUGCGUCCGUCUUCCUGCUUUGCUAAUGAGAGAUUAGGGAGGCUUUGGAGUUCUGUGAAGUCAAACCUGGCAAAUGAAGCUGCUGCAGGCAAGCCAUUGAAAAGCAGGAGUGCUGUGUGCAAUCAGAGAGUCGUCCUAUACAAACAUGUCUUACAAGCUCCCCCCAUUCAUAAUGCCCCAGAGCUAUAAGCAGAAAGUGGAGCUCAGCAUCCCUCGCAGCCUGAGUUACAUUAAUAAUCUGUACCAGAAUGCACAGCUGGCAGAGGCAUUUGGGGGACCAGGUACAAAAUUCAUACGGGCCGCCGAAGGGGCAAAUCGGCUUCCUCGAGCCCAGAGCACCGGCUGCGAUCCAGAACUGAGACCUAUUAUGCGGCGGAGAACCAAAUCUCUGCCUAGUUCCCCAGAAAGGAAGCGUGCCAUAAAAUGCCAGCCCAAAUGCCACAAAGUCAGGUUUGCCGACUCUCUCGGUCUGGAGUUGGCAGAGGUUAAAGUCUUCAGUUCCGCAGAUGAUCCAUCCAUCCCGCUGCAUGUCCUCUCCAGGCUCUCCAUCAACUCAGACCUGUGCUGCAGCCAAGAGCUACAAGUCUCCAUCCAGUACCUGGAACCUGAUUUCCAGCAGCCGAAAGACAGGGGCGAUUUCUUGGAUCGGCUGCAGCAAGAGUGCGUGUGCUUGGAGCGAGUGGCGAGUUCGGACGAGAAGGGCAUCUCCGGCACCGUCUGGGUCGUCAAUUUGGCCUUUGAGAAGGACCUUUCGGUCAGGUAUUCGUUCACCAACUGGAAAAACUAUUACGAGGCAAAGGCAGUGUGGCAGAAGAGCGCAGAGGAAAGCAGCUGGGACGUAUUCACUUUCACCAUUCCUAUACCCCCUUUCCUCCAGCACAUUUGCUCCGUGAUACAGUUUGCCAUCAGAUAUCAGGUCGCCGGCAAGGAGUACUGGGAUAACAACCAGGGCAAGAACUACACCUUCACAUACAGGAGCCACACUCUCCGAAUGCCAAAGGACAGCGAGCAGAGCUGGAUUCACUUCAUCUGAUCCGGCGGCACCGCCAUGCUGUUCCUACUGAUGCAAAAGCAAACGAGAUAUUCUAUGGGGGGGUCAGGGAAACCUUAAUACACUCAGUAAGGUAUGGCUGGAAACUAGACGUGAAAGAGGCAUUGGUGUUUAAUGCCAAAGGGGCAAGUUACAUGUAGUCCUAGGCCACAGGCCUGGAGUAAGGGGUGGACUCUUGAAUUACUGGAAGAAUGGGGGGAAAAUUAUAUAAACCAAUCAUGUAUGGCCCACAGCCCUUGAUCUUUCAAGGCAAAUGGGGGGAAGUAAAAAAUGGGUUCUAAUCUGCUUGGGGAUGU